AGAGAGAGAGAGAGAGAGCCGGGCUUACAGACAUCCAGAGACAAGCCAGGAGGAAGGAGAGGAAACCCCUCACACACACACACACACGGACAAGAGUCACAGCAGCUUGUGUGUGCUCACAACUGAUCUUUCCAGAUCUCCUUUCCCUAAAAUGUUUCAGUCUGUAGCAUUCGCUGCCAUCUUCGCAGUUUGCCUUGCUGAGGCGACGUUAACCUGCCCACCAAAAUGCCAGUGCCCGCAGGAGGUGCCCAGCUGUGCCCCAGGGGUCAGCCUGACUCUGGACGGCUGUGGAUGCUGCCGUGUUUGUGCCAAGCAGCUCAAUGAAGAUUGCAGCAAGCUGCAGCCUUGUGACCACACCAAGGGCUUACAGUGCAACUUCGGCGCCAGUCCCAUUGCUCAGCAGGGCAUCUGCAGAGCGCGGUCUGAAGGAAGACCUUGUGAGUACAACAGCAAAAUCUACCAGAAUGGGGAGAUCUUUCAACCAAACUGCAAGCAUCAGUGCACCUGUAUCGACGGAGCAGUGGGCUGCGUGCCACUGUGUCCACAGGAGCUCUCCCUGCCCAACAUGGGCUGCCCUAACCCCCAGCUGGUUAAGGUGUCAGGCCAGUGCUGUGAAAAAUGGGUCUGUGAUGGGAACAAGGCAGGAGCAGAGGCCCACGACACAGACGAACUCUUCAGCCAAGAGACAAUGGGCAAGUCCUGGCAAUCUGGGCCACUCCACAACAAUGGGCUGCUCUCCUUAAUUCGACAAGGCCUCAAGAGACUACCUGCCUGGAGUGCCAAAUGUUUUGUCCAGACAACGGAGUGGUCGCAGUGCUCCAGGACCUGUGGGACGGGCAUCUCCACAAGGGUCACCAAUGACAAUCCUGAGUGUAAGCUUCGAAAGGAGACCAGACUCUGUGACAUCCAUCCCUGCAAACAGGUCACCUUUCCCAAACUGAAGAAGGGAAAGAAGUGCUACAGGACCAGGAAAUCCCCUGCUGCUGUCCACUUCACCUAUGCUGGUUGUGCCAGUGUGAAGAAAUACCGUACCAAGUACUGUGGCUCCUGUGUCGAUGGGCGGUGUUGCACCCCUCAGCAGACCCGGACUGUCCAUGUUCGCUUCCGUUGUGACGAUGGAGAGACCUUCACCAAGAACAUGAUGAUGAUCCAAUCCUGUCGUUGCCAUUACAACUGCGCCCACCACAACGAGGCGUCCAAUCCUUACAUUAUGUUGCACAAUGACAUUCACAAAUUCCUAGAUUGACAUGCUGCGUAGCGAGAGGGGGCAGAGGAAAAAACCAAUUGGUGUGUGACUUAGGGAAAAAGGGAUGCAAGCAAAAGGGAGGAGGCCAUUCAGCUCCUACAACCACAAUGUGGAGGAGCCGGUGUUGGACUGGGGGCAGGACAGAGUCACACC